AUGGGUGAUGUUCUGGUACUUUCUACCUUGAUGGCAAACACAGAAGGUUUUCGCCUUGUGACAUGCCCAAAGUGUCUGAACAUUCUCCCAGAACCGCCCAAUGUUACAAUCUACAAGUGUGGCGGAUGCGGCACCACCCUUCGAGCUAAAAUCCGUGCCAGCAAUGGCCAACAUGUGGCUGCAAAACAAGUUCGCCAGGACUCUGAUAACUAUUCGGUUGCUACCGCCGUGAGCAAUGGGGUGCCUCCUCAAAACAAAGACCAAGGCUCCAUUGGUGCUGUCACAGAGAGUUCCUUCAAUGCUGAUGCUCCAAGCACCGAGCAUGACAGCAAUGGAACCAGGAGCAGUGAAAAUGGUGAUGAUAUACUGGCUGGGCAGAGUGCUGUGGUGGUUGAGGAUGCUGAGAACAAGGACAGUCACAAUUUUGAAGGCCAGGAUACCAGUUCAGGGAUGGAAGGUCCUGCUGACCAGACACGCCUGAAUGCAAAUGGCACAUAUUUAGAUUCCGGUGAAACAGAAAACCACACCGUGGAACAACCUACGGAGAGUUCAGAGACUUGCCGAGUAAGUGGACAUGAUGAUACUGAAUGCCACUUGAACACCUCUGAAAACAAAAUUCUUUCUUCUGAGAUAAGCAAAGCAGCUGUCAGUAUGCAAGAUCCUAAGCAGAAGGAAGCAGGCGAAGCCGAACACGCAGCAAAGAAGAAGAGUUAUCUUGUGAGGGUACUGUCUCGGUCUUGUGAUCUUCGAUCAUCAAUAAACUCGAUUGAUUUCCAUUCUUCACGGACUUCUCUUCAGUCGAAAAGCUUCAGGGCUAGUGGGCCCCUUCAGUCGAAGAUCAUGAACACAGUGGAUGAACUGAAGGGUGACCUUUCUGAAUUGUUCAAUAAACCUACAGACUGCAAGCCAAAGGCACACCACCCUUCACGCCCUUCCAAACAAGAUGGCCACAUGACUCGUGCAGCCAUCACAUCCACUGCACCUCUUGCAGCAUAUCAUCCUGCUGCCAAGCAUUCUGGCUAUGUAUCUCGCCUAAGCAGGUCUGGCCAGGUUCCUCCUCGUGGACUGCCGUCGCUGCGAUAUCGCCGGCACAGGGUUUAUUCAUUCCAUCAGAAUGUGCAAACGGAAAUGAGACCUUGCCGUCAUGAGUGCUGCCAUAGCUGCCAGCCACCCUGCUACAGAUCCUGCAAACAAGAACCUGCAGCGAUGCACAAGCCACCGAUCAUGGAGAUCAGGCGUCGUCCUCCUCCCAGAAACCACUGCCUGCCAGUCCUACGUGGCGCUCCGUUCGUCAUCUGCUCCAGCUGCGUCAGUCUGGUCCAGCUGCCCACCGACUUCGCCGUCCCGAGCAGAGGAACACGCUGGCUGCAGUGCGGCUCCUGCUCCGAAGUCCUCUCCUACUCCUACAGGGACCCCGCCAGGAAGAAGCUGCAGUCACCAUUCGGGGGCGAUGAGUACAGCACCGAUGAGUACGAGAUUCGCCACCAGGCUGCCGGCGGCCACAACGCCGCCGGCUUCGAGCAGGCAGAUCCGGUGUCCUACUCCGAAGAGUACGGGCUCUCGUUCGGCGUCAGCCACUCGACCAGCACCGAGGACGGGCAGCCGCUGUACGUGUCGAGGAACUCGUCCUUCAACACCGUCGACGAAAGGAUGGGCAGAGACGGCAAGCUUCACCGGCUGAUGGGGUACUCGUCGGCGAGCGAGCUGCUGCGGCAUUCGCCCGACCUGUUCGAGAGCUUCGACAGGCGCACGCCCACCGCAAGAACGCACGUCGACGGGAAGGGUAAAGGCGUCUGCGUGGCAGAAAACGAUGCGGGCGAGCGAGACGGUGCGGCGAAGAGAUCCAAGGCGAGGAGUGGUGGCUUGCCGCUCCAUGGGAUCCUGAAGAAGGGGAUCCAUGGCCUGGAAUCACUCAAGCUCAGGUCGUAG